AUGGCAGACUCAAUAACCACGAAAUCCGACAACCUUUUCGAACUCAAAAACGGAAAACUAACCGUCUCUAAAUUCACUCUACUCACCGAUAUCCCGGAAAAUGUCACCUUUAAACCCUUCUCCACCGUAUGCAAAUCCUCCCGGGCCCCUGGCCCGCUUUUCCGUCGGGCCCACUCCCACUCCUCCAAGUCCGGCUUCCUCGGCUUCUCACGGACAAAUCCCUCCGACCGCCUCACGAACUCCCUCGGAAAAUUCUCCGGCCGGGACUUCCUCAGCAUCUUCCGGUUCAAAACAUGGUGGUCGACCCAAUGGGUCGGAAUAUCCGGGUCGGACAUCCAGAUGGAGACCCAGUGGGUCAUGCUGGACGUGCCUGAGAUAAAGUCGUACUUCAUCCUAAUCCCGAUAAUCGAGAAGAGCUUCCGGUCGGCCCUCCACCCUGGACCCGACGGCCACAUGCUAAUAUGCGCCGAGAGCGGGUCAACCCGAGUCAAAGCAUCGUCUUUCGAUUCAAUUGUGUACGUGCACGUGUCGGAUAAUCCUUACAAUUUAAUGAAAGAGGCUUACACCGCACUUCGAGUCCACCUCGACACUUUCCGACUCAUGGAGGAAAAAACGCCGCCAUGUGUGGCGGACAGGUUCGGGUGGUGCACGUGGGACGCGUUUUAUCUGACUGUCGAGCCAGCUGGCGUGUGGCGCGGGGUCAAGGAAUUUGCCGACGGGGGGUUCACGCCGAGGUUUUUGAUAAUCGACGACGGGUGGCAGAGCAUUAGCUUCGACCACAAGGAUGACGAAGCCGAGAAUCUCGUCCUCGGUGGGGCUCAGGUGAUCGCCAGACUCGACAGGCUGGACGAGUGCAGAAAGUUUCAGAAGUACAAACUCGGGUCGUUGGUGGAGCUUGCCGGCCGACCCGCGUUCGACCCCAAGAAGCUGAAGAUGCUUAUCUCGAAGGCGAUCGAGGCCGAGAAAACGCGCUACGAGGCGGGUCGGGUCGGAGCUAACGAUUUGUCGAGGCACGAUGCGGAGGUCGAGAUAUUGAAAAGCGAAUUGGAAGGGAUGGCGGAGGAGAAGGCGGAGGAUUCGGGAAUGAAGGCGUUAACAAGGGAUCUAAGGGAGAAUUUCGAAGGUUUGGACGAUAUUUACGUUUGGCACGCGCUUGCGGGAGCUUGGGGUGGGGUCCGCCCGGGUGCGAUUCGCCUCGAGUCGAAAAUCGAGCCCUGCAAAUUGUCCCCGGGGCUUAAAGGGACCAUGAACGACCUUGCGGUUGUUAUGAUUGUCGGUGGCUCGGUUGGGCUCGUGGACCCCGCUCGAGCGGAGGAUUUUUACGACUCCAUGCACUCGUACCUUUCUGAGGUCGGGAUCACGGGGGUGAAGGCCGAUGUUAUCAAUGUACUAGAAUACGUGUCCGAAGAUUAUGGAGGAAGGGUCGAGCUCGCCAGGGCUUAUUACAAGGGGCUGUCGAAAUCUAUUUCCAAGAAUUUCAACGGAACCGGGCUUAUUUCCAGCAUGCAACACUGCAACGACUUCUUUUUCCUCGGAACCGAGCAGAUAUCUAUGGGAAGAGUUGGUGAUGAUUUUUGGUUCCAAGACCCAAAUGGUGACCCAAUGGGCGUCUACUGGCUGCAAGGGGUUCACAUGAUCCACUGUGCCUACAACAGCCUGUGGAUGGCCCAAUUUAUCCAGCCCGAUUGGGACAUGUUCCAGUCGGACCAUAAAUGCGCCAAGUUUCACGCGGGCUCAAGGGCCAUCUGUGGCGGGCCCGUUUACGUGAGCGACUCUUUGGGUGGACACGAUUUCGACCUUCUCAGGAAGCUCGUUUUUCAAGACGGCACAAUCCCGAAAUGCGUGCACUUUGCUCUCCCGACCCGUGACUGCCUCUUCAAGAACCCUCUCUUUGACAGCACCACAGUUCUCAAGAUAUGGAAUUUGAACAAGUACGGAGGUGUGGUUGGGGCAUUCAACUGCCAAGGCGCCGGGUGGGACCCGAAGGAGCGAAGGAUUAAGAGCUAUUCUCAAUGCUACAAGCCACUUUCCGUGUCGGUCCACGUCAGCAAUGUUGAGUGGGAACAAAAGGGAGAAACUAACAAAAUGGGACAGGCCGAAGAAUACGCAGUUUAUCUAACGGAGGCAGAGAAGCUAUUUUUGGCGACGAGGGUCUCGGAUCCCGUGUCAAUUACCAUUAUGCCCUCGGAUUUUGAGAUCUUUAGCUUUGUGCCGGUUAUGAAGGUCGGUUUUGUUGGUGUGAAGUUUGCGCCGAUUGGGAUAACCGACUUGUUCAAUUGCGGAGGAACUGUUGAGGGUCUUGUGUGCGACGACAAGUCGGUGGUCAAGAUUGUGGUCAAAGGAGGCGGGAAGUUCUUGGCGUACUCGAGCGUGGAGCCUAAGAAGGCGUACGUGAAUGGACAGGUGGCGGCGUACAAUUGGUUGGAGGAGGAUGGGAGGCUCGUGGUGAAGGUUGCUUGGUGUGAGGAGUUUGGCGGCAUUUCUAACAUUGUGGCGACAUUAGGGAUAAGUUCGUCAUUUUACGGUCGUGACAUAGGCAUACGUUUUUUAGCUAGUCACAACGCAAUUGUUAGGUUGUCUCAGGAUUUGUGA